UGCUCCAUUUAUUUCAGAAUCUAGAGGAAGCUGACGAAGUAUGACAACAGCACGGCACAGUAUGUGGUGGAGACUUUGCAGCUUGCUGGCUUGCUUCCCCUUACAAGAAGCCUUUCUGACCAACCACACAGAAACAGUCACCGUGGAGGAAGGCCAGACGCUCACUCUCAAGUGUGUCGUUUCUCACGGGAAGACCACAUCCCUGCAGUGGCUGGCCCCAUCAGUCACCAUUUUUUUCAAUGAGCAUCCUGCUUUAAAACAUCCCAAAUACCAGCUUCGGCAUCACUCCGCCCAUCAGCUCUCCAUCCGCGUGCUUAACGUCAGCCAGCAAGAUGAAGGUGUGUACAAGUGUUUACGAUACGGCAGCUCCGUGAGAACAAAGGAAGUAAAAGUGAUCGUGACAGCAACUCCUUCCACACCAAUCCUGGAAGCUUCAGUUACCAGAAUGCAAAAUGGAAAAGAACACGUUACGCUUAAAUGCUCCACCGUGAGAAGUAAGCCCCCUCCGCAGAUAACUUGGAUUUUAGGGAAUGACAUAGAGCUCUACGGUGAAACCCACCAUGAGUUUGAAACCGAUGGGAAGAAAUGUAACAGCAGCAGCAUCCUCAGAGUCCACACGUACAGCAAAAACUCAACAGUGGACUGCAUUAUCCGACACAAAGGUCUACAAGGAAGAAAACUGGUGGCACCAUUCCGAUUUGAAGAUAUGGUUACUGAUCGAGAGACAGCUUCAGAUGCCCUGGAGAAAAACUCUCCAUCGUCUGCAGACCCUCAGCAGCCCACUAGCACUGUUGCAGUAGUGGAAGAUUCUAAUACAACAGAGAUUGACAAGGAAGAGAAAAACCAAACCGCUCAAGAUCCUGCCUUAACCACUGAAACAAAUCUUCAGUAUGUGGGGGUGAUAAGGAGGAAAAAUGGCAUUCUGCUGCUCACCCUGGUCUCCUUUCUCAUCUUCAUACUCUUCAUCAUCGUCCAGCUCUUCAUAAUGAAGCUUCGGAAAGCACACGUGAUAUGGAAAAAAGAGAAUGAAAUUUCAGAACACACGCUGGAAAGUUACAAAUCGAGGUCAAAUAAUGAAGAAACAUCAUCCCAAGAGAAAAAGGACCAAACUUUCCACUCGAAGAGCUACAUGAACUACAUCACACGGUUGUACUCUGAAGCAAAAACAAAGCGGAAGGACGAUUCACGGAGUUCGAAAUUCAAAGGAGAGCCCGCUCAUAUACCAGAGAGCAUCGUGUAACGUUCUUUGCAACAGCAAAUAUCGAUUUCAGUGCAGCUGCAGGCCUCACAGUGGAGCAGCCUAUGGGAAGGAGCAUAAUUAUGGUCACAAGAAAAAAUAUACUUUGAGUGCAAUGCAACAUGGUAGCCUCCCGUGGCACACUGCCCUGGAUUCAGGGCUGUGAAAUGAGGACCAGACCAUGGACACAAAGCUUCAUAGUUUAAAAAAAAAAAAAAAAAAAAAAAAGAGAAGAGAAGAGGAAAAGAAAAGAAAAAAGAAGAGAAAAAACCUAUCAUGCCUGACACUACUUCAGAGAAGGAGGAGACUCUUCAGUCUUGGAGAUCAGGGUUGAUUGGGCCAGCUAGCAUCUUACCAUGAAGGGAAAAGGAGUUUUUAGAUGCUGGGCUUGAGCAGAACUACUUUAAAAAAAAUUUUUUUUUUUUUAUAAAUCUUUCCUUCUGAUCGCCAAAUACAAACUUUGGGAUGGAAAGGACCUAAAGAAGGUCUCCAAUCCUAGGAGCUUACUUUCAAGAAGGGCUUUAAGAAGAUGUAGCUUUAGUUCAAGGCGGGCCCAAAGAUUCGAUUUUCGAAGGUUUUCUUGCUAAAUCACAAGAGCGGAUCUGGCCAAGUUUUCACCAGGACAUUUCAUCACAAAAACAUGUACCAAAACAACAACAACAACAACGAAUUUAACUUACUAUGACCUAAUUAAUGCUUUAAAAAAUUAUUUAAUAAA